AAUCAACUGAAGGACUUGAGGCAACAUCAAACACGAUAAUUACGUUUCUGAUUAUAGUAGGAGACCUUGAUAUUUUCACCAGUAUUACAGAUUUUUGGUGUAUGUAAAUACAAAAUAACCUAACAGCCCGUUAUACAUAGUUAUAUGUGUAUGAUAAAACGUUGUAAAAGCUCCUGAACGCUUUGACGCUCUGCCUCGAUUAGUGAGAUUUUCCAUUGUACGUGAAUGCAGCAUUAGGCCAAACUGAGCUGCCGUAGUGCGUCACAUGUUGACUAGGUUUGCUCGUUGAAGCUAUCGAAAGCUUAGACAAUUUAGAAAGUCAAGGCGAAAACGAAAAAAUAUUGAGAUAGUUGUGCUGUUGUUGUCAGCACACCGUACUUCGCUUUGAGAUGCUUUAAGAUCUCCACGUAUUGUUGGAUAGAACACACCUGUUAAUGUUUUAUUUAUUCUGACAAGCUAAUGUAGCUAGCUUGUUUGCUAGCCAGGAAGAGUUGACAUCUCACUGUUGGCUUCAGGUUAGCUAACACAGUCAACAUAGGAGCUAAAAUAAAGAGAGCUCCAGAUGCGGCUAAAGGACCCCUUCUCUUUAAAAGCCGCAGAUAUGACUAAGCGGACUAAUAAACCGAGGAAACCUCGAGAUGAGGAGUCAUCAGAUGAAGUCAGUGGGAUGACUUGCCAGCAUGUGAGUAAGGCAGUGGACCUGAGCUCAGUGAAGAAAACUGUGCUCUCCAGCGUGUGGUUGGUGUGCUCUGAUUGCCUAAAGGAGAGGACCAUGAUCGAUGGAGAGCCAGCAGCAUCCCAUGACAUCCUGGUGUGCUUAAAGUGUGGAUUCCAGGGCUGUAACCAGUCAGGGAUCCAGCACGCUGUCAAACACCAUCAAGCUUUCCAUCCAGAGUCUCACUGCAUCACCAUCAGCUUGAGCACCUGGAAAGCCUGGUGUUUUGAAUGUAAUGAGGAGCUAUCCACUCACUGCAACAAGAAGGCUUUGGCUCAGACCCUGGACUUUUUACAAAAGCACUCUGUCAAGGCAACCUCAGGAGCAUCACCCAAGAUCAUCAAGCUGCAAGAGGAACCAUCAGAUUAUACGGACUCGUCCAAAGGCAAGAGUCCAGCCAUCAACAGCACCUUGGUCCCGGUCAAAGGCAUAAAUAACCUCGGUAAUACCUGCUUCUUCAAUGCUGUUAUGCAGGUUGGUAUAACUAACCUGUCUCAGACACACAUGCUCAUCGACCUCAUCCAGGAAGUGAAGGACAAAGGGUUUAAAAUGAGGAUAAGCCCUACUGUCGAAACCAAUGUGAGUCCAUUGACUGUAACGCUCCCGAGUCCAGAGCCCCUGACUGCGGCCAUGUUUCUCUUCCUCCAGAGCAUGAAAGAACCAGGAAAAGGCCCGGUCAAUCCCAAGAUCCUGUUCAACCAGCUCUGUCAGAAGGCUCCACGCUUCAAGGGCUACCAACAACAAGACAGCCAGGAGCUUCUGCACUACCUACUGGACUCCAUUCGAGUAGAGGAAACUAAAAGGGUGAAAGCGGGAAUUCUGAAGGCUUUCAACAAUCCCACAGAAAAGACAGCAGAUGAGGAAACCAAACGCCAAGUCAAAGCAUACGGAAAGGAAGGUGUGAAGAUGAACUUCGUUGACCGCAUUUUCGUAGGCGAGCUGACCAACACAAUAAUGUGUGAAGAGUGUGAACAUAUAUCAACAGUGAAGGAGGCUUUCAUAGACAUAUCUCUACCCAUCAUAGAAGAGAGGAUGUCAAAACCAUCCAACCCGAGUAGGCUGGGGAAGGGCAGCCGGGAGCCGGACACCCACUUGACUCACAGUGAUCAGGUUCUUUCUGCAGCACACUCUGUCAACAGAAACACUAGGAAGCUGAGUGGGCAGAAACAGCAGAGCAGGAGGUCUUCCAGCUCUGUGGAGGAGAAGGGAGCGGGCUGCAGUGCGGAGCGGCCAGAGGAGGAGGGGGGGGUGGCUGGUGGCUCAGCCCGUGGUGUCUCGGUGUGCAAGAUGGCCGCUGCCGGCAGCCUAUCAGAUGGCAGUGAAAGAGACUCGGGUGCUCAGGACAGCAGUAAUGACGCUGACAGUGAGGCCUCAGAGAGCGAGUGGGCCCCACGCACCUCCUCCUCCAGCCAUGGACACACGUCCACCCCAUCGUCCACUUCCACCCUCACUCCAUCCCCUACGCCCGUCACUGCCUCCUCCCCCUCGCCAUCAUCCUCCACCAGGCAAGGCGGCGCUGUAGAGCAGCUAGUUACUGCGGUGUCUAAAGUCAACCUCGGGUUCACUUCUGGGGACUGCUGUCCUUCUACACACUGUUCUCCAGAGGAGCAGGGAGAAACGCAGUCACGAGAUAACCUCCACCAUCAACACCACCAGGGGGCUUUCCAGGCGUUGUCCCACAGUUACACACCCAGCUCCAAAGAGUGCUCCAUCCAGUCCUGCCUCCACCAGUUCACCUCUGUGGAACUUCUCAUGGGCAACAACAAGCUGCUGUGUGAGAGCUGCACUGAACGCAGACAGAAACAGCUGCGCAAGAGCAGCUCAGCAGACAAGAAGCUGGAGAAGAUUUACACCAGUGCCAGAAAGCAAAUGCUGAUAUCCUUACUGCCUCCUGUCAUUACAUUGCAUCUUAAACGCUUCCAUCAGGCAGGGAUGAACUUACGAAAAGUGAAUCGGCAUGUUGACUUUCCCUUGAUUUUGGAUCUGGCUCCAUUCUGCUCGGCUUCCUGCAAGAACCUGGCAGCUGGUGAGCGUGUCCUCUACAGCCUGUAUGGGAUUGUUGAACAUAGUGGCUCGAUGCGGGGAGGCCACUACACUGCAUAUGUAAAAGUGCGUGCUCCUCAGAGGAAAAUAGAGCAGCACCACAGGAACCUUUCAGGUGCGAGGGAAGCCGGCAGCAGCUUCCAGGGCCAGUGGGUGUACAUCAGUGAUACCACUGUCCAGACGGUACCAGAGUCAAGGGUACUCAACUCUCAGGCAUACCUGCUCUUUUACGAGGAACUGCUGUAAUGUGACUCAUCAGUAUUUUUUUUUUCUUUGAAUUGUUUUGGUACAUGUCUAUAUGACUUCUCAUACUGGAUCUGUGAGUAGGUGGGCGGAAAAAAAGGGAAAAAACUUCACUGUACACUCACUUGUCUUACACUUGAAAAAUGACCGUUCUGCCAUUUGGGUACAACUUCUUAUUUACAAUUGGCCCCCCUGAAUAUAAUAGAAAUAUAUAAGAUAAACAUCAGAUGUUAAAAGUAUUAAUUUCUAAAAAUCCUACCCUUUAAAAAGAGGUCAGGAGGAAAAUGUGUUACAAAACCUGAGCUAUUCUAAGUUAAUCGUCUUUCUCUGUCACGAUUACGUGCCUGAGAUAAAAACUGCAUGAAAAAGGUUUUCUACAGUAACUAGCAGGAAAUACGCAGAAUUAUCGCAUGCUAAACUGCAUUAAGCACUGACUAGUUGAUGUUGUGUGUGUGUGUGUGUGUGUGUGUGUGUGUGUGUGUGUGUGUGUGUGUGUGUGUGUGUGUGUGUGUGUGUGUGAGACAGGAGAAUGUAGAUUUAAGGUGCUAUGUGUAUCAUUUUCACACCAGUAUACCAGUGCCACAUUAAAUCAGCUAAAAGGAACUUUGAUUGUGUGUAGACUUUGGCAGCAGCUGUGGAAAGGCAUUUAAAUGAGCACCAGAAUCCUAUUAGAAAUCUGCUCUUUUUACUGCAGCAGGGUUUGACAGUCUGCCCCGCUCAGUCCUGGUUCUGGUUCGUCCAUGCCUCCCUUUGCUUCAGUGGGCCCAGCAAAACGGUGUGGGUCUCCAGCAGCAUGAUGUGUGUAUUGGCUCCUGCUGUGGGCUGCAGUUCUCCACCUCCCACUGGAGCUCUGUUGCCUUGCACAGCAGCUCCGACUGCAGGUCAAAGGCAGCAGCAAAGAUCGAUCUCGGUCUGUCCAUGAUGGACUGGUCACUCCCUCUGGAGUCUAAGCUAAAAGAGGUUCUGGGCUUGAUAUCUGAUUUGUUUUAAUUGGACCUGACUGCAGCAUUACAAGCAUUUAGAAUAACUACAUAGAAAUCGCCAAUAUUCUCACUGACUGUCUUGUUUGCUUAUGUAGGUAAUAAAAAAUAUUAAAUAGAGAGGGUUUAAUAAUGAGCUAUAUAUGUUCCUUGUAGUUGCUUUGAAUCUGAUUUAAUGUUGUAGUCUGUGCAAUUAACAUAAACACACAAAGAAGAUUGGCUCUGUCUGCAUUCUACAAAAAAAAAUGUAUUGUGUGGCACUGGCUUAGAUUUGUUCAGAUGUGUGCUUGAUUGUUUCUGGCAAUGGCAGAUGAUAGAUGGUUAGAAAUGCCAAAAGAAAAAUAGUUCAGACAUGUUUUUUCCUUCCGUAAAGAGAAAGAGGCAUGAAGGCAAGUAGCAAUAUCAUUUGUGACAGUUUAUUUGAAAUAAAGGUGUACAUUUGAAAAAUCCAAGCAGUCAUAAUGGAUCACCAGUGGUGGUAAAUAGUGGCUAGUAGUUGUCUUAACCUUUGCCCUAUUAAUUUACCUAAUGAUAAAAACAACCAAGCUAGCACAGCUUAUAGUUCUGUACAUUGGUAUGCUGGUUUAAAUUGUUACACAUGGCACCUUUAAAGAACAGCACAACAGUUAUUUUACAGCCUUCAAUGAAAGGAUUGUUCUUUUUUUCUUUUCUUUUUUUAACACCAGAAUGUAAAAAUGUAAGACUGAAUCAGUGAAUUACAUUUGCCAAAGACAAGAGCAGGAUAUUCAAACCAAACACACAAGGAGUUUAUUCAUACAAUUUCUUUAGCAUUUUCAAGAUCAUCAGUAAGGUUUUCGAGUGUCGUUUCACAAGCAAGCAUACUCGAGGUUUAUCAGACCAACAAAGCACCUUGUCUGCCUUCAUUGUAUUUCAGCUCUACUGUAACUGUGUAGGCACACUCACAAGCCCAUUAAGCUGUUCGACAAAGAGUCACUGAGCGCUGUGACUAUCCCUCAUACUAUGUGUAAGGUUGAGCAAACACAACUAAAAAAGAACUCAAAGGCUUAAAACCUGACUAGAAAAAGAUCCAUCUUUGCUGUAAUUUGCAUGGGUUAAUGUUCUAAUGAAUGUAAUGCCUAUUCUUGGAAUGUCUGUUAAAUGAGCUGUUCAUCUUUUUCUAUGAAAAUAUUUUAGAUGAAAACAUUUUUCUUGGUUUUUGAACAUUUGCCAAAACAGAAAGGAAAGGAUUGAACAUCAGGAUGCAGAGGUUUAUUAUUGGAUAACACUUCCGGAAGCCCAUGUCUAUGACACAUUAUAAACAUAUUUAUAAUCUACUUAUGGAACUUUAUUAUUGUAGUUUUAAACACUCAUAAAUAUUCAUAAUGAUUUAUAACAAUAAUAACUUAUAAGGUCAGAUAUCAUAAAAGUUUCUAAUUGGUGGUUACUGACUGACAUUGCUUUUGCAAGCCCAUGUCUAUAACGCAUUAUAAGCAUAGUUAUAAUGUGUUAUAGGGUUAAGCUAUUAUAAUGCAUUACAAAUAAUUCUUAUACAAUAUGAUUCUUGUGACAACCAUUUAUGAACUAUUAUGAUACUUGACCUCAAGUAAUCAGAAUUUUUUUUUUAAUGUUAUGGUCAUUGUUGAAAGCAUUGUGAAUAUUUCUGAAUGCUUAUAACUGUAAUUAUAAGCAGAUUAUAAUGUAUGAUAAGUAUGUUUAUCAUGCAUUAUGGAUAUGGGUGUCCGAGAAAGUGUUACCAUUUAUUAUUUUCUUUUGAAACAAGGACAAAUCUAGUGCCUAUGCUUCAGGUUUAAGAAACCUGUGCAUGGUAAGAAGUAAAACAUAUGCAUAGUAAAAUGCAAAAACGUUUAUGUAUGGCAUAUUUAUGUACAGUAUAAGUUACUGUAAGCAGACAUAAUAGGAGUAUAUGUAAUUGUACAUACUAGAAACAAUACAAAAUCAUGGUGCUUCAGGCGUGCAGGGUUUUUCUUGGUUUCAGAAAAUCGUUUAGUUAGUUAUGAAAUGACAAACAUUUGGAAUGAAUAUAACAACAUACUGUAUCAAAAUAAAUCUAAUUUAUGAUCUGAA